UCAAACUGUUUAGUAGGAUUCAAAAUGGCGGCGAAAGUGUGUCAAUAAGUCGUGAGUUGAAAAGAAAUUAACCAACUAAAUAAAUAUAAUGCAGUUAUUAUUGUUUAUAAAAAUAAUUUUAUAAAAAAAUAUUAUCUCGAGUCUCGAGGAAAAUGAAUAUUACGAGGUGGUUUAAAAAAUGGUGAACAAGUAGUUAAAUGCGCGUGUCACGUAAUAUUUUUAUUAAAUUGACACUUCUCGGGGCAGUAUUGCUCGCUGUAUUAUAUUGUUUACAAAUAUCAAAUGGUUAUUACUGGAAGUACAGUAACGCGCAUAAACAAAAUGCUGUUGCUAAUGAAAAUCACUCGGCCACCCUAGACCUCAUCAACAAAAACAACAACAAUAAUAAUAAUAAGACAUAUGUAAAUAAAUUUAUCAACUCACUAGAUAAUUCGAUGACAAAUAAUUAUAAUGUAUGGUGCAUAUUUACAAAAGUGACGACAAAUUCACCAAUGAAAAGAAAAUUUCGUAUUUUUACUGAAUCAUUAUUGAAGUAUUCGUCUGUUGAUAUUUAUUUUAAUGUAAUUACUGAUAAUGACAGUCGUGUUAUUGCUGAAGAAAUUAUUAAUAAUAUUAUUUUAGUAUUUAAAAAGUCUAUACAGGUGCAAUAUUAUGAUGUACAUAAACUGGCGUCGCAGCUUGAAGACAUCGUCUCGGUGAUGUCGCCAAAAUUUAGCAGCAAACCUGGAACCUAUUACUCGGACGCUCUAUUUUUCCUGUCACUUGGCCUGCAUAGAAUAGCGUCGCCCCGUCAGAAGCUGGCGGUUAUGCUGGACGUAGACACUAAAUUUCGCAGGGACAUAAAAGAAUUGUUCAGAGAGUUCGACAACUUUGGACCCGAUGCCCUGUUCGGUUUAGCUCCGGAGCUCACUCCGGUCUAUAGACAUGUGUUGUAUUUGUACAGGAGUCAGAAUCCCAGCACUCAGUUCGGCGAGGCCUGUUCCUCGGGUGGAUAUCCUGGUUACAACAGCGGAGUGGUUCUGUUUAAUUUGGAGAGAUUGAGAAACUCAUUGGAGUAUGAUCAGAUUGUCAGUAUGGAUAUGGUUGAACAUAUUACUGCUAAGUAUAGUUUUAAGGGACACUUGGGUGAUCAAGAUUUUUAUACAUUACUGGGAAUGGAGAGACCAGAACUUAUUCACACCGUCGAUUGUGGGUGGAAUCGACAAUUAUGCACAUGGUGGCGCGACCGCGGUUACGCGGAAGUCUUUUCAAAUUACUCACAGUGCAAUUCCGAAACAAAAUUAUGGCAUGGAAACUGCAAUACCCCUAUUCCAGUCCAUUGAAACAUUGAGAUUUAAAUGUAAACUGUGAUUAAAAAAAAAAAAAAAACAUUUCCAUGACAGGUACAAAGUAAAAUAAAAAAGUAAA